AUGGAGAACUUUCAAUUCGAAGAUUUAAGUCCAAAUAAAGUUAGUAAGGUUUACCAAGACCUUAAAAAGUUUGGAUCAUUUUUAUAUAAUCAUAAGAUGGGUGUGUUUUUAGUAUCAUUUAGUAGUGGUGUUGCAUAUCUUUAUCAUAAUAUAACACAAUCUCAUAAAAGAAAACAAAUCAAAUUAGCAAAAGAAAGAGUUAUGACAUAUUUUGAAUCAACACAAAAACUUAGUGAAAGAGAGGUAGAUGCAAUAAUUACAAAAUUUAUUGAUGAAAAUAAAAUAUUGGAUAAAAUUCAAACACCUUCUUUAGCAUCAAUUAGAUCAGAAAAAGAUCCUUCAGAAAAAUUAAAAUUAACAGAUCAAUUAAAAGUUUCAAUUAUUACAAAAUUAUUUUCAGUUUUAUAUAUAAUACCAAUGGUGACAAUUUUUAAUAGACUACAGAUAAAUUUAAUUGGAAAAUAUUGUUAUUUAGAUUAUGUUUUAUAUAAAGAUCAAGAACAACAUUCAAUGAGAUUAAUAAAUCAACAAACUGAAUCAAAUUUUAUAAACUCAAGAAAUAAUUGUUAUUUCUUUAAAGAUAUUAAUUUUUCACAAUUUAUUAAUUUAAUUCAAGAACAAAUUAAAAUUUCAUUAAAAGAUUGGAAAAUUGAUCAACAAAGUAGUUUUGAAGGAUUUUUAAAAUUAUUAAUUAAUAUUAGAAAUAAUUUUGAAAAAAAAGAGAUUAUAGCAUCAAUAUCAUCAGAUAAUUCAUUAUUAAAAUAUUUAAUACCAACAGAAGAAGAAAUCGAUAAUUUAGUUCAAUCUCAAAAAACACCUGAAAAUGAUAAUGAUAUUGAAUAUCAAAAUUUAAAAAUGUUAUAUAAUGAAAUUAGGAAUAUUUUUGAAAGCCAAAAAUUUUAUGAUGUAUUAAAAGAUAGUAUAAAUCAAUCAUUUUUAGAAUUUACAAAAAAUUUAAGAGAAGAUUUCGAAUCAACUGAAUUAAAAAAACAAAUUGAUUCAAUCGUUUUACCAGAUUUACCAAUUGAAAUGGAGAUUCCAAAACCAUUGGUAACAAUGCAUAAUAUUAUUUUAUUACCAAAAAUUAAUAAACAAAUUGGAAAUAUUAUUGUCAAUAAAAAAUCAAUAAUUGAAAAAAUUGGUUCAACAGAUUUAAUUAAUCAAUUAAAUUAUUCAGUUUUAACAAAUGAUUUAGAUUUUAAUAAAGUUCAAUUUUAA